AUGGGACACAUGGAGUUGAUCAUCCGAUUCAACUUUGCCGAGCAUGCUCCCGAAUUGAAUAUCGAGUUGCACGAGUUCUCCUCCCAGCUCCUGUUCAAGUGUGCCAUGGAAGCCCCCUACCUGAUGCACCAGCUUCUUGCCGUCUCCGCCCGACGCCUGGCCUCCCAGAUGCCACAGCGAGCAUCCUACUUUCUGGAUCACGCCAUGCGCCUGCAAACGAAGGCUGUUUCAAUCUACAAUGGAACAGCUGCCAAAGCUCAGAUCGACCAAUCCAACUGCUCCGCCCUUCUUCUCUUUUGCUCCUUGCUUGGCCGUCACCUGCUCGCUGAUUUGCUGGCGAACCGUGACGCCGAUUUUGCUGCGUUUUUUGCGCGCUAUCUUGAGUUCCUCACCGUUUCCCGCGGGCUCAUGGCCAUGUCCAUGGCCGCUUGGGAUCUGCUGCUCGAAUCUGACAUCAAGCAUCUUGUGAUCUGGGCGCUGAGCAUUUCUCGAUCCACCCCGCAAGGCAACCAUUGUGAUGAACUGCUGCGACUUGUGGCUGAGUCCGACAACCUGGACUCGCCUUCUAAGGAAGCAUGUUCGAGGGCCAUAGCCUACCUUCAAGUAGGCUUCGACAGCCUGCUGGGAACCGACGUUCGAAAUCAAAGAUACCUGAUGGUCUUUAUGUGGCCGGCCGCGGUACCCCAUGAAUUCACCGAGUUGCUGUCCCAACGCCGACCGGAAGCUAUUGCUAUAAUGGGCUACUGGGCACUUCUGCUCCAUUACAGUAGAGCACUGUGGCACGUCGCCGACGCGGGAUCGUACCUGCUAAGGAGCAUUUCCCAGUAUCUUGGGCAAGACUGGGAGCCUUGGCUCUCAUGGCCCCUGAGCAUGCUUGCUACCGAUCCGGUCUGA